GGGGAAUGGACUCAGUGACUCAGCCAGUGUCGGUGAAAAAAUUCAUAAACCUAAAAUCAGUGUGACUCGAGGUGAGUAUCAUUUUUUUGGUUUUUUUUUUUCGAUUUCAGCGAUGGGAGCGAAGAAGCAGAAGAUGGUGAUGGGUUUGAUUUUGUUGCCGUUGAUGUUAUUUGCUUUGGGUGUAAGUGGUUGGACUGGUGAAAUUCAUGGAAGAGUUGUUUGUGAUAUUUGUGGGGAUUCUUCUCUUGGACCUGAAGAUCAUGUUCUUGAAGGUGCUGAAGUUGCUGUUCUUUGCAUCACCAAAUCCGGCGAAGUUCUAAACUACCAGGCAUUUACAAAUGCUAAGGGGAUAUACACAGUAGCCGAGACAAUGCCUGAGAGUGAUCGCUGGGAUGCAUGUCUUUCUCGACCAAUCAGUAGUUUCCAUGAUCGCUGCACAAAUCUUGGGAGUGGUAGCGUAGGGGUGAAAUUCAGUUACAAUCAUCCAUCAGGAUAUUCGCACACUGUCAGAACCUUUGUUUACCGACCGGUCGAUGUUCCAUCUUACUGCUGAUAUAUACAACUACUGCCUUUUGUUGUUAUGUUAUUAAUGUUUCUGCUUGGUUGAACUAGAAUGAAAACAAAAUAGUUGUAUAUGGAUGUGUCUGCAAUGUUAGUAAAAUUAGAGCAUGAAAGUUAUUUAUAAAA